CUAUCCCCCCACACAUCAUGGGCUAUUUUUGGCCAGUGCGUUAGCUCAUUAUAUAGAGUUUUCUUCUACCCUCCCUGCCUUUUGGCAAGCAAACGUGCGCGUGACAGUUCGGGAGAAGAGUGUCGGUGAGCGUAAGACCUUAUCUUGGAAUCUUUCUUUGCCCUUUCACCCAUUUAUUCUGUAUUUUGUGCCACUAUACCACGGUUUGUCCCGGUGCGAUGAGAAGACAGCUGCUGUACACUAGUUUUCCAAAGAAGCGUCACGGGACGCGUCUCAAAUAAUCCACUCCGACUGAAGCGCACUGCUCGCUGCCUCCGUGAACGGCUUCUUGUUGACGAUAUUUAGAACAUUGUUUCACACCUCAUUACAUUUUUACGGUCCCAAAGCGUUGCAGAAGAUCAUGGAGACUAACCCUAUACCCAUUUUGACUAUCCAAACGACCCCCUUUGACGACCAGAGACCAGGGACAAAUGGACUGCGAAAGAAGACAGCUGUUUUCGAAAGUAAAAAGAACUAUCUUCAAAAUUACAUCCAAAGUGUGCUGUCCUCCAUCGACUUGAGGGACCGUCAGGGAUGCACUAUGGUGGUGGGCAGCGAUGGAAGAUACUUCAGCCGGGCUGCAACUGAAGUCAUCGUUCAAAUGGCAGCUGCCAACGGGAUAGGACGUCUAGUCAUUGGACAGAACGGGAUCCUGUCCACCCCAGCAGUCUCCUGCAUCAUCAGGAAGAUAAAAGCCAGUGGUGGGAUCAUUCUCACUGCAAGCCACAGUCCAGGAGGCCCAGGAGGAGACUUUGGGAUCAAAUUCAGUGUCGCUAAUGGAGGGCCUUCCCCAGACACAGUGAUGGAGAGGAUCCAUCAGGUCAGUCGCACACUAGAGGAAUACGCCAUCUGCCCUGACCUCCACAUCGACCUGUCCCGCCUUGGCCGUCAAGACUUUGACUUGGAGAACAAGUUCAAGCCCUUCAGAGUUGAGAUUGUGGAUUCAGUCGAGAUCUAUCUAAACAUGCUGCGGGGAAUUUUUGACUUUGGUGGCAUCAAGAGCUUGCUGACAGGUCAAAACCAGCUGAAGAUACGAAUAGAUGCAAUGAAUGGAGUUAUGGGACCAUAUGUCAGAAAAAUCCUAUGUGAUGAGCUCGGGGCUCCAGCUAAUUCUGCUGUUAACUGUGUCCCUCUGGAGGACUUUGGAGGCCAACACCCAAACCCUAACCCUGCUUUCGCUGCGUCUCUGGUGGACUCUAUGAAGGGGGGAGAGUUUGGCUUUGGGGCUGCUUUUGAUGCAGAUGGGGAUCGUUACAUGAUUAUGGGUCAAGAUGGGUUCUUUGUGAGCCCGUCAGAUUCACUGGCAGUGAUGGCAGCAAACCUCUCCUGCAUCCCUUACUUCAGUCAGAGAGGAAUCAGAGGUUUUGCCCGCAGUAUGCCAACCAGCACAGCCAUCGACAGGGUUGCUAAGGCUAUGAAGGUGGCGCUUUAUGAAACUCCCACAGGCUGGAGAUUCUUUGGAAACCUGAUGGAUUCUGGGAGGUGUUCGUUCUGUGGAGAGGAGAGCUUUGGAACAGGUUCAGACCACAUCCGAGAUAAAGACGGCCUGUGGUCAGUUCUGGUAUGGUUGUCCAUAAUGGCAGUGCGUAACCAGGGGGUGGAGGAAAUAGUGAGAGAUCACUGGGCCAAAAUGGGACGCAACUACUUCUGCAGGUUUGACUAUGAAGGAGUGGACAGCAGGGCAGCGUAUUACCUCAUGAGAGAUUUGGAGGCUGUUAUCACUGAUAAAGCUUUUACCACUCAGAAGUUUUCUGUGGGCAAUAAUGUCUACAGUGUGGAGAAGACUGAUAAUUUUGAGUACAUCGACCCAGUGGACGGCAGUGUGUCAAGGAAACAGGGCCUAAGGAUCAUCUUCACAGACUCGUCCCGAAUCAUCUUCCGGCUCAGUGGUUCUGGGGCCGGAACAGGGGCCACCAUCCGCAUCUACGCUGAGAGCUACGAGAGAGACCCAGAGAGACACAGCAGAGAGACUCAGGUUGUGCUGGGUCCUCUCAUUGCCAUUGCUCUAAAAAUCUCCAACAUCCACGAACGAACUGGAAGCAGAGGCCCCAGUGUGAUCACCUGAGACCAAUCCAGCAGCACACACACACACCAGGGGCCAAAUUCACUUUCCUCACCCAUGUCUGAUCCGUCUUCUUUUGUGCCUUUUACCCUAAACACUACAAAGAAUGUGCCAACUCUUCGUUUUGCUGCUCUUUUACCAUUUCUCGCCUUUUCCUUUCUCCUCUCUCGUUUGUCUUUACAAGGGCCCCUGUGAGGUUUUCUCUUCUUUUGCACAUUUAUAAACUCAUGUUAACCACUACAAAAA